GCACAAUGGAGCUGAGCCAGGGAAUGUCCCAGGCACUCUGUGACAUCAGGCAGAAUGGUGGCACUGGGCAGAGAGCUUAGUGACAGGUGAACGCUGCCUGGGUAUGCCUGAAGCCAGCAGGGUAAUCAAUUGACCACAGAGUCAGCCAAGGAGGAGAUGGAGCCCCACAAGCCACUGAAGUCUGACAGCCUCGUGGCCACCGAGCAGCAGCAGCCACCACAGGGUGGCUUGGAAGAAGCUGCCAGCUCCAGAGAUGUGGCAGCCUCCAAGAAGUCCUCCACAUCAAGCAGGACCUCUAUGUCCAGUAGAGCCUCCAAAUCCAGCAGGACCUCUGUGUCCAGCAGGAUUUCUGUAUCCAGCAGAGCCUCAACAUCCAGCAGAACCUCCAUGUCCAGCAGGACCUCCGUGUCCAGCAGGACCUCCAAGAGGCCUACCCAGCAGUGCAUGAUCCUGAUGGCUGAGACGUACCCACCCAGGCAGGAGGUACGCAGGACAGGCGUGCCAAAAGCGGAUAAAGCAAUUCAGACCCCCCGGUCCUUUGAUGCAACACUCAACAAACGGCACACUCGGCUCAAGAAGAAAAUUAAAAGCAAAGAUGUGAGCAGCAACCAGGAUCAGCUGCGAGCCUCAAGGGACAGCAGUGCCAUGGAGGUCUUCCCCCAGGCAGUGGGGCACAGGACUCCCAGCCCCCCCGAGGUCACACCCCAGCACAGGAGGAGCGAGGUCUCAUCCAACACACACGUGGAUCCUGAUGAGGAAGGGUGGGAGGACCAGGCUGUGCUGGAGGUGGAAGGGUAUGAGGCUGAUGUCCACAGCCCAGGCACUGUCAUGGGGGACAGCCAGGGGAUCUGCCCUGCAGAGGAGGAGACACAGGAGGGGCUGAAACACGUUCAGGCUCAUGAAGGCGGAGAGGUGAAUCCAAGCCCACUUCGGGAGGCUGAUGGAAGCUUUCAGAAGGAAGGAAAGCAGGUCGAUGUAGGAGAGCUGAAGUCUCACCCAGCCCCUAUGGAAGUGCAUCUACUGAACGUUGAUCACCACCAGGCCCUGGGGGAUGUGCCUGUGAACGGAGUAUUUCUCCCUCAGCCAUGCUCCAUCUCCCCCUGUGCCCCAGGGGAUGCAGCCUGCAGUCAGGACCCCAACUCCAGUGUGGGCACUGGGGAGGUCACCUCAGCCAGAGAGGAGCUGCAGCAGAUCGUCAGGCACGCUGCAGAGGAGACAGACUUCAGGGAUAGUCAGGGCUCUGACCCUGCAGAGGAGCUGGAUACUGCUGCUGUGAAUGCAUCUCUUGCAGGAGAUGAGGAAAAAAUUCAAGACCUCCUGGACCCCACAGCCAGCAAGGUUCACCUGAGCAGCCAGGAGAUACAUGAAACCUUGAGACACAUGGAAGCUGCGAACAUGAAUCUGAGUAAAUCCAUGAAGGCGGUAAGGAAGGUCCUGCAAACUCCCUUGGGAGAAGAGGACAAGGAUGAUGUCAGUAGUGAGGGUUCUAUCCCAGCCGCCCUGAGUAUCCACUCAGCCCUGGAGGAGCUGAAAGAGGCACAAGUGAAUGAGAAAGCUGCUCUUGCUCCUGGGCAUGUUCCCCAAACCCGUGUAGCAACAAAGCUUUCACCAAAGAAUAAGGCGUUAAAUCUCCUCGAAAUAGAUACAGCCAGUGAACUCCCAGAGAUCCCUCAGACAAAGGUUGAGAGUGAAGCGGUGAAGAACAUGACAAAGAAACAGCAGAAAGCAUUCUCCGAUGCUUUCAACUUCUUCCCCAAAGACCUGGAUGGCAAUAUUAACCUUCAGAACCUGGAGGUGCUCGCGAAGCAGCUGGGAAUUAGCUUUGAUGGGCAAGAGGCACACAAGAAGCUAGUGUGUGCAGAUGCUGAUGGAGACAAAGCAAUGAAUUUCUCUGACUUUCUGACCAUCAUUACUGACAAGAAUUGUUUUAUCCAGACCCUAUUCCCUGACAAAAACGACGCAGGUAACUUUGAUCAUGUUGAUGCCAGAGGAAUCCUCCUCCUCAAAGUCUUGCUGAAGCUGGUGGAGUUGGAAGCUCUGCCCCAGAGAACUCUAUUUCAUAUUUCCAGUUACUACCAGCAGAAGUUUAGGGACUGCAGUAGUGAGCAAGCCUGGACGGAUGCUGAUUUCCUCGUGAGUCACAAAAAGAACAACAACAAAAACAGGAAAGUUCUGGUUUAUCCUUUAUCUUCCUUUGUAAGUGCUGCUCGCAUCUCACUGAUGAAGGAAAAAGAGGCAACAGCUUAUUUGGAACGACUCAAAGAACGCGUGCCUGAAUCAGAGAGCCCCUAUGCUCGGGUACCCGUCUUCCCACUGAUUUCUAAACAAGAUGCAAAGACACUGGUGAAGCCAAAAAAAGAUAUGCAAAAGCAGACAAAGCAGAGGAAGAAAGAGCCACUAGCUUCAAAGGAGAGCCGCUUCAGCUGUAAGAAAAAACAGGUUCAGGAGGCUGCAGCCAAGGCUUCUGCUCAGAGCAGCAAGAAGAAACUCUCCUCUGCCGUCAACUCAGAGCGCCCAAACAAACGACGUCACCCACCAGCAGCUGGGAAGGGCAAGACACAAGCACGUGACGUACAGGUGGCCCAACGCUACAGGCGCAACCUGGCCCUCCGCAAGCAUGCCAGCCUGCUCAAGCUGUGGCAUAAGAUCAACGGGGCUCAGAUCAGCCGGCAGACGGGCAGCAGGCGCUUCUGCCACACCUUCUCCACAUACUCCUGGUCCUGGAACGCCUGCCGAGAGCUGGUGACAGCUGAGGAGCUGCAGGCACAGGACCGCCGGCAUCGCCGCUUCCAGCCGGCCACCAGGCAGCCGCCGUGGAAGAAGUGGCUGUUUUAGGGCACCAGCAGUGGCCGGUGGAUGCUGGAUGGGGCUGGUUUGGACCAGACAUGCUGUCACCCUUCCUCCUGGUGUUCAAAAUGUGAAAUAAAAGCUGGGAAAGGUGGGGUUA